CUAUGUAACGUGUGUUUAUGUCUCACAUACACCAGCAGCGAACAAUCGAGCCAACACAUUCAUUCAUUUAAAAAGGAAGAGUUUAAUUUAGCUGUCUAAUGACCGAUCAAAGCGGGAGCGGAAGCAGUGAGGGGUGAACGCUCUCGCCUCGGCUGCACAAGUCUGGACAGCUGUUUUCACGUUGCUAAAAUUCGGCGCAAGAUAUUAUUCACGAUGAUUUACAUGCGCAGGAACGAUGCUAACAGGCUCAGUGGCGGAUAAAGGAGUCGCUGUGUGUCCGUCCUCUGGUUAACAAGCCCGGUCUCUGUUCGCCCACCAUGCGGAGGGUCAGCGACACAGACGCCGUCCUCACGGGUCGUGUGUGAGGGGUCUUUUAUGGGAGGUGGGACGAGGGAGAGGUCGUGAGGCUGAGGGAGAGUCGGGACAUCAGCUGAGUGUUAGCAAAGCUAGCUGCCACCGGUUUUACGGAGCAGCCACUUUCCCUCCAACCACCCCAGCAGGUUCGAUUCCGUCAUGGCUACGAACGGCAACAAUUUGACUCCCGGGAUGGGGGAGAUCAUCCAGCUAAACGUCGGAGGGACGAGGUUCAGCACCUCCAGACAGACCCUGAUGUGGAUCCCUGAUUCCUUCUUCUCCAGUCUACUGAGUGGAAGGAUAUCCACUCUUCGGGAUGAAACGGGAGCUAUAUUUAUUGACAGAGACCCCACAGCUUUUGCACCAAUUUUGAAUUUUCUCCGAACCAAAGAAUUGGACCUGCGGGGUGUCAACAUCAGCGUCCUGAGACAUGAAGCAGAGUUUUACGGAAUAACUCCUUUAGUGCGGCGCCUUUUGCUGUGUGAGGAACUGGACCGCUCGUCAUGUGGUAGUGUUCUCUUCCAUGGUUACCUGCCACCCCCAGCCAUCCCUGCCCGUAAAUCGUGCGCUGCUUCAGCAGCUGUGGGUUCCUCCUCUGAAGAGCGGCUGGGUCCAAGUGGAGCAGAGGGCUUCACCCGUGUCGGUCCCCCUCCUCACCCCUCCCUCCCUGCUUCACCUGGAGCAGAUGACAACCACAAACUGGGUCCCAUUGUUGACCCCAGGAAGGUGUUGAUUGUAGCAGGGCACCACAACUGGAUCGUAGCAGCGUACGCACACUAUGUCAUCUGCUACAGGAUAAAGGAAUCGUCAGGAUGGCAGCAGGUGUUUUCUUCCCCCUACCUUGACCGGACCAUUGAACGCAUCGCGCUUAAUGCCAAGGUGGUGGGUGGCCCGCAUGGAGACAAGGACAAGAUGGUGGCCGCUGCCUCUGAAAGCAGCAUCAUCCUCUGGAGCAUCCAAGAUGGAGGCAGUGGUAAUGAGAUAGGCGUCUUCAGUCUCAGUGUACCGGUCGAUGAUCUCUUUUUCAUCGGAAACCAGCUGGUGGCUACGAGCCACACAGGGAAGGUUGGGGUGUGGAAUGCUGUCACACAACACUGGCAGGUUCAAGAUGUGGUUCCCAUCACCAGCUGUGACACAGCUGGAUCCUUUUUACUCCUGGGCUGCAACAAUGGCUCCAUCUACUACAUAGACAUGCAAAAGUUUCCACUGAGGAUGAAGGAUAAUGAUCUCCUGGUGACUGAGCUUUAUCACGAUCCUUCAAACGAUGCCAUCACUGCGCUGUCUGUCUACCUCACACCUAAAACCAGUGUGAGUGGAAACUGGAUAGAGAUCGCCUAUGGGACGAGCAGCGGUGCAGUGAGAGUGAUCGUGCAACACCCGGAGACAGUGGGCUCAGGCCCCCAGCUCUUUCAGACGUUCACUGUGCACAGGAGCCCAGUGACGAAGAUCAUGCUGUCUGAGAAACAUCUGGUGUCAGUGUGCGCGGACAACAAUCACGUUCGGACAUGGACGGUGACACGUUUCAGAGGCAUGAUCUCCACCCAGCCAGGCUCCACCCCUCUGGCCUCUUUCAAAAUCCUGUCCCUGGAGGAGACGGAGAGCCACGGGAGCUACUGCUCCGGGAAUGAUAUCGGUCCAUUUGGAGAAAGAGAUGAUCAGCAGGUUUUUAUUCAGAAGGUCAUCCCGAUCACCAACAAACUGUUUGUGAGGCUCUCAUCUACUGGAAAAAGGAUCUGUGAAGUGCAGUCAGUGGACGGGACCACCAUCUCUUGCUUUAUGGUGCGGGAGUGCGAAGGUUCCAGUCGGAUGGGGUCACGACCUCGGCGCUAUCUGUUCACUGGCCACGGUAACGGCAGCAUCCAAAUGUGGGACCUGACCACUGCGAUGGACACAGCUAACAAAGGAGAGGAGAGGAAGACAGAGGAUGUCGGUGGGCCUACAGAGGAGGAGCUGCUGCAGCUGUUGGACCAGUGUGACCUGAGCACCUCCCGCUGUGCCACACCAAAUAUUAGCCCUGCCCCUUCGGUGCUGCACCACACACGCCUGCGAGAGUCCUGCUCCAGUCUGCAGUUACAGGCACAGGAGCCCAUUCCUGAGAGUCAGGCUACUUAUGCAGCUGUGCGGCCCUACAGAGAGAGCCCCCUGCUGGCCCGCGCUCGACGAACGGAGUCCUUCCACAGCUACAGAGACUUCCAGAACUUCAGCCUGAAUCGAGGUGUCCUGGAGAGCACAGGCCAGACGUCAGCCCAGGGACCGAGCCAGGUCACUGAUGCCCGCCGUUCACUCUGUGACUUUGGGCCCGAGGACAGUGAGAGGAGAGCCUCAAUGAUGGAGUUCUGGGCUUGUCGAACCACCUGUGCGAGCUCUAGCACGAACGUUGCGGUGCUGACUGCUGCUGGUGUUUCUGGGGUGAGGGCAGAAGGUGCUCAAGAAACUUCACGCCAACCUCCGGACAGCCCAAUACCAGGGGGAGACGUCAGAAAAAAGGUGCACGCAACGGAGGAGGGAGAGGGCGUGGGCUUCGGAGGAGAUGGGGCAAAGUCAGAGGGAGGUGUGAGGAAAAGGGGAGUACUAGAAGGAGGCUUUCUAGGGAGGAAGAGGGCACCUCCAGUUCCUCACCUCUCCUCCCUCCCCUCCGGGUCUGAUGGUGGUGGCAGCGACUCAUCUGCAAAUGCCUCCCCCUCCCCGACCAAACUGGCCUCCUCCACCUCACCACGACACAGGAAGCUGGCCCCUGAGCUGUCCAAUCAGGACAGCAGCCUGUGAAAGCACUAAAGGCCCACCUCCCAUUCACUGAUCCCAGUCAGUGGAAUCAUUUCAUGGAGGCGUCCUGUUGAACUUACUGCGUCAGACUGGAUAUGAAGCAGGGUUUGGGAUGUAAAUGGGUAAAUGAUUUGCUUUGGGAGCCCACAGGAAAUGACUCUGUCCCAGCACAGCUGAUCCCAAGGCUGAAAAUCUUUUUGUGUUAACAUUACACCGGCACUAGCUGCGUGACAUCUCAACCAGAGCGGGAAUAUCUUUUCUUUUUGAUCACUCUCGGGAAAUGAUUCCCGACCGUCUCUGUUUGUUUUUGGUGUUGGCAUUAAUCUCAACAGAUCAGUGAUGAGGUCAGAGUUUACAGACAGGAGUCUGAUAGUAGUGUGCCAGCUCAGUUUGGGAGAACAUCUGGAAUAGGUAGUUGUUGUUCAACAAACAUACAGUCACUACAGAAGGAGGCAGUCUCUUGGUUCUGGUAAAGAAUGUGUAGCGGCCUGUUUGGUUUGACGCACAUUAAGUUGUCAGGCCAAAGAUAAAACUAAAUCCAUUAACUCAUCAAGCUUCAUUAAAAUGAAAAGAGAUAGUAAGGCCCAGUACUAGUCACAGAGAAGGGGUUUCUGAUUCUACCUGAGGAGUGUGUAGCUUGUGGCAACAUUAGACAUUGAGAUAACCUUUUUUUUCAUUCUUGAGUAAUCUUUCAGAUUAUUUUAGAAUUAUUAGUUUAGCCUACAAAAUGUCAGAUCUUACUAUUAAUGUAUCCAGUACACAUUGAUAUAAACCAUGAAAAAGCAGCACAUCCUCACAUGGGAGAAGCUGCAACCAGCAAGUUGCUGAAAAGUUCAUCAUCUCUGAUUACAUGUGGAAUUUAUUGUACCUUUGCCAGAAUCGUGGCAGCUACUUGAAUCAGAAUGUCCCAACAGUUCUAGUUGAUAAAGCAGUGACAGUAGAAGUGAACAGACAGCGAGCAGUGAAGUCAGCAUGUAGCUCCAUCACAAAGUCAAACCUUUUUAGAUUUGUUAUUCGACAGCUCAGUGACAACUAUGCAACAGUGGAGUUAUGAUGCCUGACAGCUAAAACAAACAUGAAGUCAUGAGGAUCGCCACAUAGUGAGAUUCAUGGAUGAUGACCUGAACAACAAUUCACUGCAGCUGGUUGUUCAACUAAAUUUUUGUUUUAUUUUCUGGCAAAUUGCUUAUUGUGGUAGCGAGGAGCAUCACUCUCUGCAACAUGUGACAUUUACAGAACACUCCAACAAUGUGAUGCAGUAUUUGUAAACUGGAAAAGAAAAUUGGUGGCACACAACUGAAACCUCAUAAACUGAUUUAUCCAUUAAUGCCAUUGUAGCAUUAACACUGACAGCGAACAUCUUCGGACACAUUUUAAAUUGGAACAAAAUCUGUUUUCAAUGCUUUAUGGUUUUUGUGUGACCCUUCUCUUAAAUAUCUUAACAGAGAAAAACCAUGUGGGGCAUGCUUUACACCUCUAAUUCUUGAAUUCAGUCUGUUUUCUGAUAGUGGUGCCUGCACAAGAUCACACUAAUUAUUAUUUAUAUAUUUUUUUACAGUAUCACAAUAUAACUACCCUCACUACAAGGACCUACACUACAUCACUUUACUCCCUCUUUUAAACUUGUUAAACGUGUCUUGUUUUGGACGACUGUUGCAGUGCCUUAAUUGAACUCAUGUGACAGUUAUUUGUUGAAAAGGAUUCUGACCAAAGGCUUGUGAUGAGGAGCUCAUAGUGGAGCCACAAAUGAUGGAUUUACACCAGGUGAAGUUAAGUUGGUGAUCGUUUGAAUUGAGGCAUUAGGUAUCUAUUGUAAACCAUACUGGAGGAGGCUCUAACUGGAAGCUCCCUCUCUUUUCCUCUGGGGAACUUUAAACUCGAGCUUGUUCUUGUAAAGGUAAAACUGUGUGUGUGUAAGAGACAAAAGUAAAGCACCUUGGUUAUAAAGUAAUAUAGCAGUAGGAUUGGUAGGACUGGAAAGUAUAAAUUAAAAUGGCAGCAACCUUUAUUUUGUGGUAAAGCUGCUUCUUUCCUGUUCAAACAUGUUGGAUCCCAUGUAAGAGUUCCACUUCCUGUUUGUUUGGGAUAAGUUACAGAAACCCAGACCAGCUCCUGGUUUCUGGUGCUUUGUUAGAACUGUGGGGACAACAUGCUGUAAAAAUACAAGACAUUAAAAAAAGAUAGAUAUAAUUAGAAAAACUGUCCUGAAAUGUUAAUUAUAAUUUGCCAAACCGAGCAGCUAUUUAACCUCAUAGAUUGCAUCUUAUUUCAGUAUAAAAUCUUCAUCGUCCCUGCCUGUACAAACAUGUGCAUUUUAAUGUAACUGUGCAGAAAGUAGACAAACAUAUUCAAGACAAAGUCCUAACAUGGAUGCAUUGAUGUGUGAUGAUACUUACACUGUUGUUUGUCUUAUAUAUUGUGAAUAGUCAUAUCCAUGUAUGAUGCCUAUAUUGAUAUUACCCUGCUAUUGGACCUUACUGCGUUUGCACUUGCACUAUUUAGACUAAUAUUAAAGUGACUUUCUAUCGUUUAUUUUAUAUAAAAUAUAAAGUAAAAAGUGUAUUUCAGCACAUGACUGAGUGUCCUCUGAAAACAUCUCCUGUCCUCUGUCGUCCCUUGCUUCUUCUCUGGCUGUGUUUACAUAACAUUAUAUCACAUUACAGCCAGCUUAAUGUGAGCUUACAUAUCUGGAUCUGGACAUCACUGUGUGUGUGUGUGUGUACAAUGCUGCAUUAUGUUGUAAUGUUUUGUUGUUUUAUUGCCUUUUUAUUGCCUAUAAUACUGAUUCUAAUGUAUUAUUUUAUAAUGUUCUGAUGUGUACAACAUGACAGUUGAAAAGAAACCAGGGGAGUCAGGUCACAGACUAGAAUCGUUUACUUUUUCUUUUCUUUUUUAAAAUCAUUGUCAUGCACGUUUUAAUACGUGUAGAAGACAAAUUGUUCUGUUGAUAAUUAACUUUACUCCAGUUUUCCGGGUCAAUGAUAUUAACCACAGAUGAACAGUAAUAGAAACCAUAAAUUACAAAACAUAUUUGCGAUCUGAGAGUUGUCAACCUCCGAUGACGUGACGAUUAAUUCAAACUAAAUAUCAAUGCUAAAUAAUUUCACAAAAGUUACAGCUGUUUAUGUUGAAUCUGCAGUUUCACCUUUAAAUCUGGACGCAGUAAUAAGACAAACAGGUUGAAUGAGGUAUGAGGUGCUGCCAGUCAUUGCUGAGUUGUUAGCACGUAGUUUGUGGGGAUCACUUGCCAAAGUGCACAAUCUUUGUUUUGUUAGCGUGUCACAUAGGUGUGUGUGUGUGUUUCCCCAGCGCUUUCAUUUCACUAACCUUCUCAUUCAGACAGUCUCCUCUCUGAGACGCCGUCUGUCGUCAUUGUGAUUUAUGAGUUUAAUAAAACCCUGUGUGUGUGAGUGUGUGUGUGAGUGUGUGUGUGUGAGUGUGUGUGCGUAGCUCAGGGCCAUACUGUCCCUUACAAUCACUCCACAAGCUCUUUUCACAGCCUCUCCCUCUCUCGGUGGCUGACAAUAGCUGUGAAUGUGGCUGUGAAUGUUUUAGAAGUGCCCUUGUCAGACUGGCGUCCUUGAGCGGAGGCAGGGGUUGUUACUGCCAGUUUUUUAAUUUCAAACUUGCCUCGACGUCCCCUCGAGGGACGCGGGAGCAAAACUAAACUACAGCUGCAGAGUUUCGACGCAGAUGCGGGCCCCUCAGUGUUAGUGCUGGUGUGGGAUUGUGGGAACUGGAAGUAUCUGUACAGCUGAUGGCACGUGUGUGUUUUCCAAACUCAACCCAUGAGCUUUGUGUAGCAUUCAACUAUGUAUUCCUACUGUUUGUACUAGUGUCUUAUAACAAGUGUAAUCUGUUAGUUAAAACAACACAAUGCAACUUUUUUAAUAGCAGCUUCACGAUGUAGAUCAGGUAAAGACUCAUUAGAAAACAGAGCUUCUCUCUAAAACUCAUUUAAAAUAUAAAGAAUUCUAAACAGAGUUUGGUGUAUUUGUAACAGCAGCAGCUCAUCUGGUUCAGGAAGCCGGGGAUCAUGGGUGAUAUCCAGUAUUCUCUUGUUUCAGCUCAGUGAGAGGGAGUCAGAGCUCCGGUCAACAUAACAUAAUUGAUCUUUACAUGUGGCUGCAGAGGGCGCUGUUGCCCAGUAAAAGUUGCAUUGUGUUGCUUUAAAUAUCUCAAGCUUGUCUGUUCUUCACUCCAACACACGCACUCAUGCAAAUCAUUCACCUGUUUGUGUAAACGCGAUAACUUCCAUCAUUGUUUUUCUACAAUUGAAAUGAAUAUUUAAACCACAAUAGCACAAUAUUACUCAUCAUGGAGCAAAUGCUCAUGUAUCACUCGUGGAGUUUUUGUCUUGUAUCAUUUUGAUGCCUUCUCGUCCUCAUGUACUGAUAGUAUGAAAUUCAUGGCUUUAACUUGGACUUGAUAUGUUUUGUGUCUUUUAUUUUGACAUGCUGCUUUUUAAAUAUUAACGUCUCUGCUCACAAUGGAGUAAAAACAA